AAGAUUCUCUCUCUCCUGCGCUGCAACUUUCGUCCUACUCCACUCUCUCUCUCUCUUCCCGCACUGCACGAUCCCACCAAAGGUGGAGAGAGAGAGAGAAGAGAGAGAGAGAUGGAGAUGGAGAUGGAGAUGGAGAUGAGGGUAGCUCGAAAGCGGUAAUCUUGUUCAAGGGGGAGAGAGAGAGGGGGAGGGAGGGAGAGAUAUGGCGGCGAGCUCAGGCUACAAGGAGUAUGUCGCCGGCUUGGUCGCCGGAGUCGCCACCGUGAUCACCGGCCACCCCUUCGACACCGUCAAGGUGAAGCUUCAAAAACACAACACUGAAGUUGGUGGAAUCAAGUAUAGGAAUGGUUUACACUGUGCUGCACGAGUCCUACAAACAGAAGGAGUUAGAGGUUUGUAUAGAGGAGCUACUUCAUCCUUUGUUGGAAUGGCCUUUGAGAGUUCACUUCUUUUUGGAAUUUAUUCACAAACAAAACAGUCUUUGCAGAGGGGCUUGCAAACUGAUUUGCCUCAACCCAAAGUUAUCAUUCCUGCUGCGGCAUAUGGUGGAGCAAUCAUCAGUUUUGUAUUGUGUCCUUCUGAGCUAGUGAAGUGUAGGAUGCAAGUUCAAGGCACUGAUUCGGCUGUUCCGAAAUCCAGUAGAUACAGUGGUCCUCUAGAUUGUGCCAUCAAAACCGUAAAAGCUGAAGGGGUUACAGGAAUUUUUCGUGGAGGCUUUACCACAUUGUUGAGGGAAUCGAUAGGAAAUGCCUUCUUCUUUAGCACUUAUGAGUAUGUUCGUCAUUACAUGCACUUGCAAUUGCAUCGGAACUCUGAUUCAUCUCAGCACAGGCAUCUCGUUGAUAUUGGUAUUGGGAUUGUGACUGGUGGUCUUGGUGGUGUAGCUUUUUGGUCUGCUGUUUUGCCCUUGGAUGUGGCAAAAACGAUAAUUCAGACUGCCCCUGAUAGAGAUGCUCCAAGAAAUCCUUUCAGAGUCUUAAGCUCAAUUUAUAAGAGAGCUGGACUCGGAGGGUGUUAUGCAGGAUUUGGUCCCACUAUAGUUCGGGCAUUUCCUGCUAAUGCAGCUGCUAUUGUCACCUGGGAACUGGCCAUGAAAGUAUUAGGUAUUCGGCAUGACUGAGGGUAUCCAUUCAUUGGGUGGAAAUUUUCAAAUGCUUAUGUUACUGCUACUGAUUGCAAAAGCAUGGGAGGUUCUUGGACAAUAAUGCAUUAUUUGGAAAGUGGCCUUUCGUAUUUCAUUCGAUUCUAUGGCCGAUGACUUUGAUUUCCAUCCUUUUCAAACUUACUAUUUAGUUACAGUGGCUGUGUGUUUUGCUGGUAUCUUGAUUCUGAGAUUGUAGGGUGUAAGUUGAGUCAAUCUUAUAUCACUUCACAAGAUCAGAAUUGAUCAGGAAAAGUGAUAUAAGGCUCCCUUCAUUUUCAUUUACUGAUGGAAUGGCUUUACGACC